UAUUAUUAUCCCCAGUUUACAGAGAAAGAAACAAAAGCCGAGAAAGACGUUUAGCCAAGUGGUGGACGUGGAGGAUUCAAAGUCAAGUCGGCCAGAUCUCAAAGGAUAUGGGAUGGGCUGGUCGUACAGAGUGGGAAGAAGGCCCAAGAAAUGUGGCCCAAGUGAAUGAAUGGGGGUGUGUGUGCGAAGAGAAAUGGGUUUGGAGCCUUGGGUUGAAGGAGGGAGGGGGAGAAGGAUGGAGCCCUUAAAACUGGAGCCACUCAACAAAUAUUUAUUGGGCGCCCCCGAUGCCCCAAGCACUGUCCCAGAGCACGGUGCAUGUGGUGUUGAACAAGACCGAGGCUCUGCCUCAAGAGGCUUACAUUCUAGUGGGAGGAACAGAAAGUGAACAAGCAGACACACGAACAAGGUCAUUUCACACGGUGGUAAGUGUCGGGAUGAAAAUAAAAGCGUGGCAGGGAGGAGACAAGUUUUGUGGGUCUGGAGGGGUGCAUGGAGAAGGGGACUGGAGGCGUGACCACCCCUUCCUCCCUGGGGGGACUGCCUACCCGCCUGCCCGCCCCCACAGACGCUCAUGGUUCAGCGCCCCCCAGGCCCCCGCCUGCCCCAGCAUCCCCCGCGCGGCCAAGCUGGGUGCCCCGGGGAGUCGGGCCGCCAUGCCACCUCCUCUCCUUCUCUUCUUCCUCCUCUUCCUCACACCCGAGGGAGUCAGGCCCCAGGAACCACAGCUGGUGGAGGCUAAAGAGGGAGGCCAAGCUGAGCUGCCAUGCCUCAAAGGUUCCUCAGAUGGUCUUCCUCUGCAGCAGGCCCUGUUUCAGGGGUCUCGGUCAGAGCUGGGCCACAGGUCCCAAGGCCUGGGCAUCCAGAAGGGGUCCCUUGGCGUCCAGCUGUUCGUCUUCAACGUCUCUGACCAGAUGGGGGGCUUCUACCUGUGCCAGCUAGGGCCCCCUUCCGAGCAGGCGUGGCAGUCUGGCUGGACAGUCAGCGUGGAAGGCAGUGGGGAGCUGUUCCGGUGGAAUGCUUCGGCCCUAAAUGACUCAGGCUGUGGGCUGGGGAACAGGUCCUCAGAGGGCCCCAAGCCCUCUUCUGGUUACCCCACAAGCUCCCAGGUGUAUGUGUGGGCCAAAGACCACCCUGAGAUCUGGGAGAUAGACCCUGAAUGUGCCCUGCCCAGGGGCAGUCUGAAGCAGAGCCUCAACCAAGACCUCACCGUAGCCCCUGGCUCCACAUUCUGGCUGCCCUGUGAGGUGCCCCCUGCCUCCGUGGCCAGAGGCCCCAUCUCCUGGACCCACGUGCGCCCUAAGAAGCAUAACAUCUCCUUGCUGAGCUUAAACCUGAGGGAGGAUGACCCAGGCAGAGAGAUGUGGGUCCUGGGCACCCUCAGGGGAGGGGCUGUUCUGUUGCUGCCCCAGGCCACAGUUCGAGAUGCUGGCAUCUAUCAUUGUUAUCAUGGCAACAUGACCAUCAAGAUGGAGCUGAAGGUCACUGCCCAGUCAGCAGUAAGGAAUUGGCUGCUAGAUACUGGUGGCUGGAAAGUCCCUGUUGUGCCAUUACUUUAUCUGAUCUUCUGCCUGGGUUCCCUGGUGAGCUUUCUUCAUCUUCGAAGAGCCCUGAUCCUCAGGAGGAAAAGAAAGCGAAUGACAGAUCCCACCAGAAGGUUCUUCAAAGUGACGCCUCCCCCGGGAAGCGGGGCCCAGAAUCAGUAUGGGAACGUGCUCUCCCUUCCCACGCCCUCCUCUGGCACCGGACGCGCCCUGAGGUGGGCUGCAGGCCUGGGGGCCGCCGUGCAGUCUUACGGAAGCCCGCGCAGCGACGGCCCGGAGCCCGGAGCCGCGGGGUCCCGGAGCCCGCCGCCGGCAGGCCCAGAAGAAGAGGAGGGGGAGGCCUAUGAGGAGCCAGACAGUGAGGAGGGCUCCGAGUUCUACGAGAACGACUCCAACCGUGGGCAGGACCAACUCUCCCAGGAUGGCAGCGGCUAUGAGAACCCUGAGAAUGGGGCCUUGGGUCCUGAGGAUGAAGACUCCUUCUCCAGCGCAGCCGAGUCUUACGAGAAUGAGGAUGAAGACCUGGCCCAGCCAGUCACCAGGACAGUAGACUUCCUGAGCCCCCAUGGGUCAGCCUGGGACCCCAGCAGGGAAGCAACCUCUCUUGGCUCCCAGUCGUACGAGGAUAUGAGAGGGAUCCUGUAUGCAGCCCCCCAGCUCCGCUCCAUUCGGGCCCAGCCUGGUCCCAACCAUGAGGAAGAUGCAGACUCCUAUGAGAACAUGGACAUGGAUAAUCCCAAUGGGCCAGAACCAGCAUGGGGAGGAGGAGGCCACAUGGGCACCUGGAGCACUAGAUGAUUCCCUUCACCCUGGGCCUCCUUAGGCCCCUGAGAUCCAUACCUGAUUCUGAAAUCUGGGACCCUGAGCAGACAGCAUCAACCUCUGGAGCAACGUUGCCUUGGAUGUGUGUGUGUGUGUGUGUGUGUGUGUGUGUGUGUGUGUGUGUGUACACCAAUGAAACUUUGGCUUCCCUUGCACUCCCCCAAUAAACUCAAUGACUUCUUCCGAUCCUUGGAUGUAAAUGCCCUUAUAUGGGAGGGUGCCCUUGUAUGGGAGGGGAAGGGAAGGUGAGGAUGCAUGUUCUCCACCCCUCUCUUGAAUCCGGCAGAAGAGGGAGAGCUGAAUCUUGGGUACAAAGGAGGGGCCUUUUCCCUCCAGUGGCUUUGCCUGCCCCUGUCUCCCUCACUUGCCUGCCAUGGCCACCGUCCAGUUGUUCAGUGAUCGUUGCUUCAGCGGCGGUGGGGGCCCAGGGAAGAGGAAGCUGGACAGGAAUGCAUGGUCAUCACCAGCCUUUACUAAGCAUCUCCUCUGUUCCCACGCCAGUCAACCCAUUUCAUUUCUACAAUAACCUCACAAGGUCAUCAAGCACUUAGGUGCCAGGAUUGUAUCUUAAGUAUUUAUGUCUGUUUUAUGUAUAUAGUAUAUAUAUAUAUAUAUAUAUAUAUAUAUAUUUAUACACACAGGUUUAUGUAUAUUAGCUCAUUUUAUUUUCAUAAUCAACCCUAUUUCAGAGGUGAGAAUCUGAGACAGAGAAGCUAAGGAACAUGCCCAACCUUGCCUAGCUGGGGUCAGCGCUCGAACUCUGACGGUCUAAUUCCAGAGCCUAUACUCAGUCUUGACACUCUCCCUUUCUGGUUGCAAUUUUGUAGAUGGGAAACUGAAUGUCAGAGAGGCAAGUGACAGGUCCAAGGUCACAUGACUGGUGCUUCACAGCACUAGAUAUGAACCCAGAAAUCUGGCUGCAGUUCUAGCCAGUGUGCCUACUCUCUGAUAAACUACUACUUCUUCUUCUUCUUCUUUUUU